AGGUGCUUCUCCGUGUGAGGCUCGUACGGGGCACAGCUGGGGCGGGAGGGUCGUUCCCAGCGUGGGGAGGGCUCUGGGAGCUGGGCUCAGCAAGGGCAGCCCCGUGGGCAGCACGAUGCCAGGGCAGGGCCGUGCUGCCCCCGCCGGAGGCCCUGCCCGGCAAACAGAUCUAGCGUCCCCUCCCUUUGUGCCCUUCCCUUCCACAGAAGCUGCGUGCAGGAAGGAGCUCGGCAAACCACGGUGGUAACAUGAAACCAACAUGGCUGACUUGCUUCUGGCGUCCUGCUCCCUCUUGAUUGUGAGAGGUUGGCUCCAUAUCCCAGUGACUGUUCAACAGAAAGAGCUUGGGUGACAUCUCUAAGAUCGCUGUAAGGAAGCAGAUUGCCAGGAUUUCCCCCCUGUGGCUGCCUGACCACUGCUGAGCCCCUCCCAGCCCAUGUGGCUCUCCCCAUGCUCCAAGAGUGCAACUGGUGCCCAACGCAAUGUGUGUUUGUCAAACCAUGGAAGUGGGCAAGUAUGGCAAGAACGCCACUCGAUCCGGAGACCGGGGGGUCCUGCUGGAGCCUUUCAUUCACCAGGUGGGCGGCCACAGCAGCAUGAUGCGCUACGACGACCAUACUGUCUGCAAGCCCCUCAUUACCAGAGAACAGCGAUUCUAUGAAUCACUGCCCCCAGAAAUGAAGGAGUUCACACCUGAGUACAAAGGUGUGGUGUCUGUCUGUUUUGAGGGAGACAGCGAUGGCUACAUUAACCUGGUGGCCUAUCCCUACGUGGAGAAUGAGGCUCUGGAGCAGGAUGACAUGCCAGAGAGGGACCAGCCACGACGUAAGCACUCGCGUCGGAGCCUUCACAGAUCAAGCAGCGGCACUGAGCACAAGGAGGAAAAACCUGGCCUGGCCAGUGACAGCACUGAGAGCAUCCAGGAAACGAAGAGUCCCAGGGUGGACUUGCACAUCCAUUCAGAUGUUCCAUUUCAGAUGUUGGAUGGGAACAGUGGUCUGAGCUCUGAAAAGAUCAGCUAUAACCCCUGGAGCCUGCGCUGUCAUAAGCAGCAGCUGAGCCGCAUGCGGUCGGAGUCCAAGGACCGAAAACUCUACAAGUUCCUUUUGCUGGAGAAUGUGGUGCAUCACUUCAAGCUUCCCUGCGUGCUUGAUCUGAAGAUGGGGACCAGGCAGCACGGAGACGAUGCGUCUGAGGAGAAGGCUGCUCGGCAGAUGAAGAAGUGUGAACAGAGCACUUCUGCCACCCUGGGCGUGCGUGUGUGUGGGAUGCAGGUCUAUCAGCUGGACACAGGGCAUUACUUAUGCAGGAAUAAAUACUAUGGACGCGGUCUUUCCAUCGAGGGCUUCCGCAACGCCCUCUACCAGUAUCUCCACAACGGCAUUGAGCUGCGCAAGGACCUCUUUGAGCCUGUCCUCGCCAAACUGCGGAGCCUGAAGGCGGUUUUGGAGAGACAGGCCUCCUACCGCUUCUACUCCAGCUCCCUUCUCAUCAUUUACGAUGGGAAGGACAGCAGGGCAGGGAUGUUUGUGGAGCGCCGGGCAGAGACACGCCUGAAGCGGGUGGACAGCGCUCUCCCGGAGAGCCUUCAGGAUGGCAGCGGCACGGAGCCUGGCUGCUCGGCCCAGCCCAAGGUGGACGUGCGUAUGAUUGACUUUGCUCACAGCACCUUCAAGGGCUUCCGCGAUGACCCCACUGUGCAUGACGGACCCGACAUGGGUUACGUAUUCGGGCUGGAAAGCCUCAUCAACAUCAUGGAACAGAUGCGUGAGGAAAACCAGUAGCCCUGGGCUACAGCCUCUUAUUCUUGUCCUGGUGGCAGGAGCAGACAAGACCACCUACUACCACAGGAAAAAAGCAGACAACUUUGGUUUUAAACAAUUGUAUUGCUCCAUUGUUUUUAAAUGUACUUGGAUAGAAGAGCUGAGGGGAGGCAGGAUGGAAGAGCUCCUCAUGCCAACCAGAUGGUUCUGACCGCGCUAGCUCUGCCUUCUGGAGGAGGCUCCCUCGAUGCCUGCUAGGUGUUGGGUGUCCUAGUUCUUUGCUCGUCGCGUGUGCGUUCUGGAGGGAGGACCUGGAUGUAGGGAAGAGCAAGCAGGAGAGCUCGGGGCUCUUCGGAGGGGUCUAGGGCUGUGGUGUGAGGAGCCCUUCUGCCUCAGGAGCCCCCUGGAGAGCCUUCCCUUUGAAAUUCUCCCGAAUUAUUUGCAAAGGGUGCUCGACCAGUCAGUAGGCUCUGUGGUGCUGAUGGUGAGCAGCACAGCUGCUGGUCCCUGCGUUCGGCGUCACUAGCUCUGCCCCGGGUAUUGCCAACGGGGCUUUGCUUUUGAUGCUGCCUUUUUCUGCUGUUUGGGCACAGUGAAUAACCAACCCAAACACAGAAAUAACAUGACCAAAUGCCCAGGAGGGAACACCACACCCCUGGAGUUGUGCUCGGGCCUGGGGCCUGCUCCUCACCUGAGGGGGUGGCCUGGGCAGGCAUGGGGAUCUGCAAGAGUAACUCAGCCCUGGACCACUGACCAAGCAAGAACUCGGCUCAUGGGCUAGCAAUAGUAUCUGUAGCAGUUAACGUGACCCCAGCUCUGCAGCGGGGCCUUUCGGACCAUUUCAACCCUUCCCCUCGUGUCAUGUUGGUCCCACAGGUCGUAGGUGAGCAUGUCCCUCCAGCCCAGGGCUGCCCUCUUCCCCCUCUGGGCCUCAGCCCCCCAGCCCACACUCCUCCGGCGGGUCCGGGCACGGGGGUGGUGGAAGGAGAGGCAGGGGUUAGGGCUGACCCCCCCCUUCUCCUCCCUGGGGUUUGCAGGGGAGGGGGGAUCUGGCUGAGCAGGGAGUGCCACUGCCUGACUGUUCAACUUUGCUUCACGGAGUCCAUCUUUCCUGAAAUACAUGACCAGUUUGUGGGUGAAAGAGCCAGCCAGGCCCUGCUCUGCUGCCCGCACUCCUUCCCUGAGCCUGUGCUUUACCAGUGGCUUCCCUUGAUGAGGGCAUUAAUGUUUGAUACCGUGGCCUGUUGGUACCGGACCGUACCCCCUCUGCAUCACCCCGUGUUUCUGUGCUGGGACCCCCAGUUACUCCCUCCCCUGUGUCACUGCUUUGUUCCAUGGCAUCACCCUUGCCCCGGCUGCCUGAGAAACUGCCUGGGUACCUGCAAGGCCAGGGUUGGGCUUGUUUGUUUUCUGUUUCGGCCUUUUUUUUUUUUUUUUU